AUGAACAAUGUUCUAUUUUGUGUGCCGAGUUCUUUCUUCCCUUGUCACGCUGCCCUCUUCAUCUUCUACCGACACCGUCUGUACCUAAAUUCCCUUUGCCGCCGGCGACGAGAGCCACCGCCGACCCCUGUCGCCCUAGCCGUGGAGAUACCAAGCACUGGCCGCCGACUCUCGACCCGAGCAGCACCGCCGCCUCACGGGACAUCGCCGCCAUUCUCCCUUCUGCCCUUUGUGCAGCUAGAGCCGACCCUCACCAAAGGACCUCACUGUGCCUUAGUCCCGAACCCGCCGCCGGCCAAUUUCUCCUCUGUUCUAGCAUUGGCGAUUGUACCUCCUUCCCUCUCUUGGCGGACAACUAGAGUCGCCGGAAAACGAGAGCUCAAGAAGGAGACUGAGGGUAGCAGUAGUCCGGUAGUGGAAUUGAAGGGUCCUGAUCUUCAGCAGCCGACAUUUCCUUAUUUCAGCAUUUACUCUUUGAUUUUUCAGCAGCAAGAACGGUUGUGGAACUUGAGGUCUUUGACGCGAGACGAGUAUCUCGAUUAUCGGAUUGGACCAUUUCUUAUUGGAGGUUGAUACUGUCAGGAGAGAGUUCCAGUUGCUAGUCCCCUACAGACCGCGAGGACGUGUGGUUUAUCUUUUGGUUUUCUUUAUCAGACUAGUUCUAUUUGAUGCACUUGGAUUAUGGUUUUUGUGUUAUGGAUAUUGCACUGUCGAUGAUUUUCAUUCAGAUUUGUUUUACGACAUGCCUGCCUGGAUGGCAGAAGAGGUGAGUUAAUUUUAUCGUCGGAUUUGAGUUUUAUGAGUGUAGUGGAGUAGGGUUGAUUUUGAGUCUGCUUAUCUCUGUUUAGUUUGUUUACUAUUUAACUGCGUGGUUGUGUCA